GUGAAAAGCACUAAGAAAAUAGUUCGUAAAUGAUUUGGAAAUUACGGCAUCUGUUACGAAAUUUUUUUAAAAAAAGCCCAACAUAUUUAGGGGGCUAGUUUUUUAUGAUAUGGGCAAUAACCACUCCAAUUUUUUUGGGUUUAGUGGUGAUGAUCAUCUAAUGGACGUGGAUGAUCUAAAUAUUGAAAACGAUUCAGAUGCUGCAGAAGAAGAUGAAGAUUAUGAUUUAGCUACUAUUCUACAGAUACUUAUAAGAAGUGGACAAGUUCAUAUUGUUUCAUAUGAUGAAGGUGUUAGAAGAGCAAACAAUGGUCUUCAUAAUGUUAAACUGCCACCAAAAAACAAAAGAAAAUUAAAUACAAAAAUGUUAGAUAAAAGUCAAGUUAGCAUAGAAACAAAACGAGCCUGUGGGCUCAACAUUGAUGAUGAUGUAAAUAGAAAGAUAUCCAUAACUGACCUUAUAACUAAAAGACAGCAUGGAUUAGCCAAAGCUGGAAGCCAAUUCUCUAGACAAGAAAAAUGCCAGAUAAAUAAUAUUUUUCUACCAAAUACUAUGAAAUUAGCAGAUAAAGCACAUUCUAAAUUCUUUUGUGGAAUGUAUUCGAAAGAUGGUAAUAGGUUCCUUUCUGCAUCACAACAGAGUGAUUUGAGAAUAUAUGAUGCAAAUACUCCAAACUUUUAUAUAAUUAAAGAAUACAGAGCUCAAAAUGUUGGCUGGAGUAUUAUUGAUACUGCAUUUAGUCCAUGUGGAAAAUAUAUUUUAUAUUCUAGUUGGUCAGAUAAUUUAUAUUUAUGUAACUUAGAAAGUGAAGAAGAGACCCAUAAAGCUUUACCUAUGUUUCCUGAUAAUCACAGAUUCUGUAUAUUUUCACUGAUGUUUUCAAACAACGGCCAAGAAAUUUUAGGUGGUGCUAGCGAUUGCAACAUAUAUGUUUAUGACAUGGAAGCUAAUACUAGAAGUUUGAAGUUUCAUGGACAUGAAGGAGACAUAAACACUGUAACAUUUGCAGAUGAAACAUCACAAAUAUUAUAUAGUGGAGGUGAUGAUGGAUUUUGUAAGGUUUGGGAUAGAAGGUGUUUAAAUGAAGAAAAUCCGGAACCUGUAGGAAUAUUAGCUGGGCAUAAAGAUGGAAUUACUUUUAUAGACUCCAGAAAUGAUGGUAGACACUUAAUUUCCAAUUCCAAGGAUCAAACUAUAAAAUUGUGGGAUAUAAGAGUAUUUUCAGAUGAAAAGGGGCAAAGUAAUACAAGAAGAGCUGUGAAUAAUCAAUCUUGGGAUUAUAGAUGGCAAGCAGUACCAUCAAGUUUGUUUAGUAACAUGACAAAGCUAGAUGGUGAUACAUCUGUGAUGACAUACAGAGGACAUUCUGUGCAGAAAACAUUAAUUCGGUGCCGGUUUUCACCUCCUCACACCACAGGGCAAAGAUUUAUUUACACUGGCUGUGCUGGUGGUCGAGUUAUAAUAUAUGACAUGCUGAGUGGACAAAUCGUUCAAGAAUUGAAAAAUGGCCAUUCAAGCUGUGUAAGAGAUGUACAUUGGCAUCCAUAUAGAUCAGAAAUAAUUAGUUCAUCGUGGGAUACUACAUUAGGCAGAUGGAUAUUUCAAUGUGCGGAUGAAGAAGAAGAAAGAGAACGAGAACGUGAACGUGAUGUGAAACCUCCUCAUCUUCGACUUCGUAGAUCAACAAGAAUUAAGGAGCGUCAGGAACGUGAAAGAGAAAAUUCUAAUACUGAGUAAUGUUUUUAAUGACAAUAGUAGCAUAAAGAUUAUGAUUUAUAAAAUGCAGAAAGCUAUAUUAUUUAUUAUUUGUAUUUACUUACAAAUAAUUAUGAAUUUAACUACAAUAUUUUACGAAUAGAAACAUACUUUUUUUCUACAUUGGCGAUUAUGCAAAUUACUCCGCUAUAUUUCUAUUUUAC